AGGCUGCGCCGCUGGGCGGCCGGAGCGGGGCUGCUCCGCAUGGGAAGCGCCGGGCGGCCGCGGCCCCCGCCUGCAGCCCGGAGCUCAGCCCAAGAAAGCUGGAUGUUGACCCUGGAGAUCUCGCCUCAGCGACGUGGCUGUCAGGACACAGUUUUCUCCUCCGUCUGCUGUAAUAGCAAUGCUAGUGUCCCUGUGUGGCUGCAGUGAGGAGUGCUUGGCCUGUGCAGAAGUGAACACCAAGCCCCCCCAGCUCCGCAUAGCAGCACCAGUGGCUAUGGAGUAACCCACGGGCAGGCAGCGCUCUGGGUGUGCGGGCACAGCGGGAAGCUGAAGGUGGCUGCCUGGGCACCAGGGCGGCCAGAUGGCUGUCCUGUGAGUGCCCUGAGCCCUGCCCGCACACUCUGCGCUGCUGGCGUGCCUCACCUCUGCCAUGAAUGAUGCUUCAACAAUGGAUUAUGAACUGCUGUCCCCUUCCUUGGUCGAGCACCCGGCCAGCGCCGCGGGCAUGGAUGCUGAGCAGAAAACCGUCUUUGCCUUUGUCAUCUUCCUCCUCGUCUUCUUGGUGAUGCUGAUGGUGCGCUGCUUCCGCAUCCUGCUGGACCCCUACAGCCGCAUGCCCGCCUCCUCCUGGACUGACCACAAGGAGGGGUUGGAGAGGGGCCAGUUUGACUACGCCUUGGUGUAGACGGCAGGGAUGGGGCAAGCCUGCUGGGCUCCCACCCCAGCUGGCCCCAGCCCCGGCCCCCCCUUCCUCUGUGGUGUUGCCCUGGGCCAGCAGGGAUACUCUGGGCAAGGAGGCAAGGUGGGGCUCUUGUCUAGGGUGGGUUUUCUAGGAGUUUCUGUCUUUUCUAAGCACUUUUCGAUUCUCUUCCUGGUCUGCAGCACCCUUGGGGAGACAUGCUGGAAGAACGAAAUGAGGCUGCCUGGUCCCUUCUGCCCACUCUCCCCCUGGACAGUGCCACGUGCUGAGGUGAGGGGCAGGAGGCGAUGGGGCAGGGCAUGGCAGAACCUGCCUCCAGCCACAACCUGCAUGGCUCCAGGUGCAGGUGGCUCUGUCUGCCUGUUACCAGGCCAGAGCUUUGAUCCCCAUCUCCUCCUGCCCCUCAUGUUGCCCUUGUCCGUGUCCCCUGGGGAGUGCUGACUGUGGUCCCGUAUGUGUGCGUGCCCUUGUAGCUGAGCUGUGUCUGUGAGAGGGCUUGUAGGCACCAGACCCAAGUGCUGGCUUUGUUUCUCUGUGUGGCAGCCCCAGUUCCCCCCAAAUGUGAGAGGGAGAUGGAGAACCCAUGCACAGCCCCCUUCUGGCAACGUGUCCUGUGGCCUAUUCUCUGCUUUACACCAUAGCGAUCUUCCCUGCCCAGCUAGUGCAAAUGGUCUGAGCAAGAUGCAGUCAUGCAGCUACCUGCAGAAGCACCUGGGCAGCCCUUCUGCAUUCAUGGCAGAGCCUGUGAGUCCACAGCCGUGCCAGCAGGGAUCUAAAGCCCUGCAUGACAUUUGGGAGAUGCCCCUCAGCUGGCCCAGGCCUGGCAGCCUCACAGCAGGAGCCCACUCUAGCCAUUCCUUGCUCCACUGGGAGCUGGGUGGCCUCUCCAUGUCUAGGGGUGCUGGCCAGCCCUUCUCUAGCUAUCCUGUACCUAGGUAGCAGUUAGGCUGUGUAAGAAGCUGAGGGGAAAAUAAAGCUGGCUUCCCACCUUG